CUGUUGCCCCAGGGGCCGGAGGAAGAGGCGGAGAGGCGACUUCACGGAAAAAAAAAAAAAAAGAAAAGCUUUUACCGGCGACGCUCUCCGCCCGCCGGACGGGAGGCGGGGUAGCAGCCCGAUUAAAGUAGCAGCCUGGAAGGAAGGAAGGAGCGAGGGAGGGACAGGAACAGUUGGGAGGAGGAGCCGCGAGCUGGGUCGCGGCGACAGCAAGGGGGAGCGGCCCCGCGUGGCCACGUUUUGGUUUUGUUGUUUUCCAGUGGAACAGUUCUCGCAGGCCCUUCCCGAGGACUGAUCGCGCCGAAGCCCGGCGGCCCCGACCUUCCAGGUGACAGCCGGUCACCCUGGUAGGAGUCAGCUCCGCCCCAAGUCACCCGCCCGCCCACAGCCCAUUCCCCGCCCAGCCUCCGUCUGCCUGCCCCGGGCGAGCGCGGCGGCCGCAGCGCCUCUGCGGCCCUGGAGCGGGCGGCGACGGGCAGCGGCGCGGGGCCCAGGGCGGAGGAAGGAGGAAGUGAGGCCCCCUAGGCGCUAGCGCGAGGAAGGAGGAUGACGAUUUAACCCGCGCUCUCCUGCCAGUCCGGUUACGGGGCGCCUCCGCCGUGCCCGCCGCCGGAGCCUCCGAGCCGCGCCGGGGGGAGUGCCGCAUGGGGCAGGGCCGCUGAAGCGCGGAGUUCGUGGUCUUGCCGUGCCAAAGAGGGCGCGGGGGUCGGGUGCGGCAGUUGGCACAGUUUCGGCGGCGCCUUCAGCGCGGGAGUUGGGGGCGCGGCACGCCUACCCGGCCGCCUCGGUGUCUUCGUGAGGCGCGAGUUAUGGAGCCCCCCAGCUGCAUUCAGGAUGAGCCGUUCCCGCACCCUCUGGAGCCCGAGCCGGGCGCCCCUGCGCAACCGGGCGCCGGGAAGCCGGGCGACAAACGGUUUCGGCUGUGGUACGUGGGGGGGUCGUGCCUGGACCGCAGGACCACGCUGCCCAUGCUGCCCUGGCUCAUGGCUGAGAUCCGCCGGCGCAGCCAGAAGCCCGAGGCGGGCGGCUGCGGGGCGCCGGCCACCCGCGAGGUGCUCUUGGUGCUCAGCGCGCCCUUCCUGCGCUGUGUCCCCGCUCCGGGCGUCGGGGCCGCGGGCCCCGCGGCGGCGCAGCCCAACCCGGCGGUGUUCAUCUUCGAGCACAAGGCACAGCACAUCUCGCGCUUCAUUCACAACAGCCACGAUCUCACCUACUUUGCCUACCUGAUCAAGGCGCAGCCCGACGACCCCGAGUCGCAGGUGGCCUGCCACGUUUUCCGCGCCACAGACCCCAAUCAGGUUCCGGAUGUGAUCAGCAGCAUAAGGCAGUUAUCCAAAGCUGCCAUGAAAGAGGAUGCCAAAGCCAGCAAAGACAGCGAGGAUGCCUUUUACAACUCUCAGAAGUUCGAAGUCCUGUAUUGCGGGAAGGUGACGGUGACCCACAAGAAGGCCCCGUCGAGCCUCAUCGAUGACUGCAUUGAGAAGUUCAGCCUGCACGAGCAGCAGCGCCUGAGGAUCCAGGGCGAGCAGCGCGGCGCGGAUGCGGGUGACGACCCGGUGGACUUCGAGGCCGCGGCGCCCGGCCCAGCCGCCGACAUCCUGUCCGAGGAAGGGGACGGCGUCCCCAACACCCAGCCUGCCUUACCGGCCGCGGCCAGCCAGCCGGGGCUGCCCAGCUCUCGAGCUGGCUUCCCGGAGCGGAUUCUGGAAGAUUCUGGCUUUGAUGAACAGCAGGAGUUCCGGUCUCGGUGCAGCAGCGUCACCGGAGUCUUGCAAAGGAAAGUUCACGAGAACAGCCAAAAACCACUGCCGCGAAGGAGGCACGCCAGUGCGCCGAGUCACGUACAGCCGUCGGAUUCGGAGAAGAACAGGACGAUGCUGUUCCAGGUUGGGCGGUUUGAGAUUAACCUUAUCAGUCCAGACACCAAAUCAGUUGUGCUUGAAAAGAAUUUUAAAGAUAUCUCUUCUUGUUCUCAGGGUAUCGAGCAUGUAGAUCAUUUUGGCUUCAUCUGUCGGGAGUCAGCAGAGCCCGGGAUGAGCCAGUAUAUCUGCUAUGUGUUCCAAUGUGCCAACGAAUCUCUGGUCGAUGAGGUAAUGCUGACUCUGAAACAGGCCUUCAGCACCGCAGCUGCCCUGCAGAGUGCCAAGACCCAGAUUAAGCUGUGUGAGGCCUGCCCUAUGCACUCUUUGCAUAAGCUCUGUGAAAGGAUUGAAGGUCUCUACCCGCCGAGAGCCAAGCUGGUAAUACAGAGGCAUCUCUCAUCACUGACAGAUAACGAGCAAGCGGACAUCUUUGAGCGAGUUCAGAAAAUGAAGCCAAUCAGUGACCAGGAGGAGAAUGAACUUGUGAUUUUACAUUUGAGGCAGCUGUGUGAAGCCAAGCAGAAGACACACAUUCACAUUGGAGAAGGCCCAUCGACUAUUUCAAAUAGUACAAUCCCAGAAAAUGCAACAAGCAGUGGAAGGUUCAAACUUGACAUUCUGAAAAAUAAAGCUAAGAGAUCUUUAACUAGCUCCCUGGAAAAUAUCUUCUCAAGGGGAGCUAACAGAAUGAGAGGUCGGCUUGGGAGUAUGGACAGCUUUGAACGAUCCAACAGUCUUGCUUCGGAGAAGGACUAUUCACCAGGAGACUCUCCACCGGGGACACCACCAGCCUCCCCACUGUCCUCAGCUUGGCAAACGUUCCCUGAAGAGGAUUCUGACUCCCCACAGUUUCGAAGACGGGCGCACACGUUCAGCCACCCACCUUCAAGCACAAAGAGAAAGCUGAAUUUGCAGGAUGGGAGAGCUCAUGGUGUUCGCUCCCCUCUUCUGAGGCAGAGCUCCAGCGAACAGUGCAGCAUUCUUCCAUCAGUGUGGCGCAUGCACAAGGAGAGUAACUCUUCCUCCAGCCUUCCAAGUCUACAUACUUCCUUCUCUGCCCCUUCCUUCACUGCCCCCCCUUUCCUGAAAAGCUUUUACCAGAAUUCAGGUAGACUGUCCCCACAGUAUGAAAAUGAAAUCAGCGAUGGAGAAGGGAGAAAAAGGACCUCGUCUACUUGCAGUAAUGAAUCCCUAAAUGCUGGAGGAACCCCUGUCACCCCUCGUCGAAUCUCCUGGCGGCAGCGCAUUUUCCUCAGGGUUGCUUCUCCCAUGAACAAAUCUCCCUCAGCGAUGCAGCAGGGUCUGUGUGAUGGACUGGACAGGAAUGAACUGCUACCACUAUCCCCUCUUGCUCCAACCAUGGAGGAGGAACCACUGGUUAUAUUCUCGUCUGACGAAGAUGACCUAGAGAAGGCUGAAGAAAGAAGGAAAUCAGAAGAACUGAGGAGUUUGUGGAGAAAAGCCAUACACCAACAAAUCUUGUUGCUUCGAAUGGAGAAAGAAAACCAGAAACUUGAAGCAAGCAGAGAUGAACUCCAGUCCAGAAAAGUUAAACUGGACUAUGAAGAAGUUGGUGUAUGUCAGAAGGAGGUCUUAAUAACCUGGGAUAAGAAGUUGUUGAACUGCAGAGCUAAAAUCAGAUGUGAUAUGGAAGAUAUUCAUAUUUCUCUUAAAGAAGGUGUUCCCAAAAGUCGACGAGGAGAAAUUUGGCAGUUCCUAGCUUUACAAUAUCGUCUAAGGCACAGGUUGCCCAAUAAGCAACAACCUCCUGACAUAUCCUAUAAAGAACUUUUAAAGCAGCUCACUGCUCAACAGCAUGCUAUUCUUGUGGAUUUGGGAAGGACAUUUCCUACUCACCCUUAUUUUUCAGCACAGCUUGGGGCAGGGCAGCUCUCACUCUUUAACCUCUUGAAAGCCUACUCAUUGCUGGACAAAGAAGUGGGUUACUGUCAGGGGAUCAGCUUUGUGGCUGGAGUCCUGCUUCUGCACAUGAGCGAAGAGCAAGCCUUUGAAAUGCUGAAAUUCCUCAUGUAUGACCAGGGCUUCCGCAAGCAGUACAGACCUGACAUGAUGUCGCUGCAGAUUCAAAUGUACCAGCUGUCCAGGCUCCUUCAUGACUAUCACAGAGAUCUCUACAAUCAUCUUGAAGAAAAUGAAAUCAGCCCCAGUCUUUAUGCUGCCCCCUGGUUCCUCACAUUGUUUGCCUCUCAGUUUCCACUAGGGUUUGUAGCCAGAGUUUUUGAUAUUAUUUUUCUUCAGGGAACUGAAGUUAUAUUUAAGGUUGCACUCAGUCUGCUGAGCAGCCAGGAGACACUUAUAAUGGAAUGUGAAAACUUUGAAAGUAUUGUUGAAUUUCUUAAAACCACACUACCUGAUAUGAAUACAUCUGAAAUGGAAAAAGUCAUUACCCAGGUUUUUGAGAUGGAUAUUUCUAAACAGUUACAUGCCUAUGAGGUGGAAUAUCACGUUCUGCAGGAUGAGCUUCAGGAAUCAUCAUAUGCCUGUGAGGAUAGUGAACCUAUGGAGAAGCUGGAGAGGGCCAAUAGCCAACUGAAAAGACAAAACAUGGACCUCCUAGAAAAGUUACAGAUAGCUCAUGCUAAAAUCCAGACCUUGGAAUCCAAUCUGGAAAACCUUCUGACCAGAGAGACCAAAAUGAAGUCUUUAAUCCGGACUCUGGAACAAGAGAAAAUGGCUUAUCAAAAGACAGUGGAUCAGAUCCGGAAGCUGCUGCCAGCCGAUGCGCUCGCCAGUUGCGAAUCAUUGCUAAGAGACCUCACUUGCAACCCUAACAACAAAGCCAAGACAGGAAACAAGCCAUAAUUGAAGAAGCACCACAUCAGCAGAACGUGCUCUUAGAAUGGGGAAGAAGGGAAGCGUCUGCGUGCUGCCGGCCCAACGCUGGACACCGGAGCUGACGGAACCACUGCAGUCUGGUGCUGAGCCCUAGUCCUCGAGGGUGGACCUCGCUCUCGUUAGAGUACGCCAAUCCUAAGCCAUUGUACAUAUGUAGACUGGUUUUAUGUUGUUGACUAUGUACAUAGACAUAAAAUGGACAUAAAGAGUUCAUGCCUUCAGAUCAAAGGAGUAGAUGUAUAUUUAGAGUAAUUUUUUAAAUCAAAACUUCAUGAAAUCCACACCAAAGGGAAGUUAAAAUGAAAUUCCCCUUGGACAUAGGUGAAAUCAUUUUGUCUUUGUAGUGAAACAAAGCUAGAGCAUCUUUGUAUAUUGAAAUAUACUUGAAAAAAAUGAAUGUAUUUUUUUCUCCAAAGAACAGCAUGUUUCACUCAAUGGUGGAGAGGUAGAAACAUUUGUGUAACUUUAUGUAUAUCUGUCUUAAAAUCUACUGACAUUAUGUAUAUCUGAGGAAAAUGACAAAUUGCCAAUUAUGCUCCUAUGGGUUUUUCAGGAAGGUGGGGGCCUUCCUCCCCCGCCUGCUUUGUGCCAACUAGCAUGUUGUUGUCUACAUGCAUUUUGAGUCAGGUUAGGCAUGACUUUGGACAUGCAUAAGGAGAAAGCAAGACAUCGUCGUGGAGUCUACCCACCCAGCUCAGGGUGAAAGAGAAUGUUGCUAAUUUCUCAGCAAAUUAGACCAGCAUUGUUACUCAAACUAAAAAUAUCAGGCCUCCACAAUUUCAUUUAGGACCUAAAUUGUCUAGAUCAACUUUCUAUUUUUUAUUUAAAUUACUCCUUACAGUCAUAAAUGGGCUCCCUUUUACUUGGUGCCAUAGUUGGUGACAAGGAUUUGUCAUUUUCCCACUUACAGGAGCUCCUAAUUUAAUUCUCUCUACCUUAAAUGAAAGGGAAAUUAUGAUUGGUUUUCUAAAGAUAAUAUGCUGUGUUGAGAUACUUUUUUUUUUUGCCAACUGAUCGAAUCUAAUAAGCUCUCAAUCAUCUUUCCCUUGUAUGUGAAAGUUUGUGAGAACUGUGAAAUGUUUAAGAAUAAACUGUUGAAAUCCAUUGGAGAGAAGUGGAAAGUGGCACCAAGCUCUUCUAAGACCUACUUCUGUGUUUGAACUCCCAGCUUCCUCAGCCUACAGCUUAUCAGAGGACAUUCAUGCAUGCUGGGUAUGUGGAGGAAAAGUAAUUUUCAAAGUACACAUGCAGUUCUCCAUUUCAGAGAUGAUUCUAUGGUAGUGCCUCUGAAAGUUGAUGCAGCAUUUUUGCCUUUCCAAACAAUAUUAUCAUUUCUGCUUUUUGCAGUCCUUAUCACAGAUGGAUUACUUGGGAUAAUUUUAUUCAGAGGGAGUUUUUUAUACACUAGCCACAGUGUAUUAUAGGUUAGAAGGGCAAAGCUCUCAAGGUUUGGGAAAACCUUGAAGAGCAGAUGAUAAGCAUCUGAACCCCUGCCUUUACACCAUUACUCAGUGUAAAUGUAAUGAUUCUUGUUUCAAAUCAUCAUGCCCUCUAAUCCAGUUUUUUUAAAAAAGAAAAUAAAAUCUUAUUAGGAAAGUUAAUGUAAUUUCUAGCUCUAGGAAAUGCAGAUUCUAGGUCCCCUAUUAAGUUGGGGUUAUCAACUGAUUUGUUGCUUGGACUCCCUCAAAUUUCUCUUAUUUGUAGGAGAGGUUUUUCCUAUGAGGAAUAUGACAGAUACCAUCUGGUUACUGUCUGAUAUGAGAAUUACCUUAUGUUUGUGAUAUACAGGCGGUAGCCAAAGAAUCUUUAAGUUGGGAAAAGAAACUUUCCCUUUCAGUUCAGUUUCAAGUAAAUUUUAUUCUGGGUAUUCAAAGUCAACGUCAUGAGCUGUGUUACAGUGUUCAGAGAUUAAAAUGUCUUAGAUACAGUAUUUCUUCUGAAAAUGAAUUUUCUUUUUCUUUUGUGACUUUUUUAAAUGUUGCACCAGUUAUGCUUAUGCAUUGUUACAUCUUCAUCCAAUUAAUGUAAUGUCUAGCUCAUUUCCAAUAAAUCUAUUGCUACGGUUU